AAUCGUGCUUGAGCCUCUAGAGUGCAUGUAUAUAUAUAUAUAUAUAUACAUGCAUACAUAAAAUGUUCUUCAGUCUGUUUAGUUUUCUUACUUUUAUUCUGUCUUCCACGUAAAUUUGUGGAGCGCAGCAAGUGGUAUGGCCGAGUUGCUUUUAGAUCCAAACAUUCGAGGGUGGGUGUUCUUACCUAUUGUCGUGAUUACGUUUCUCGUAGGAAUUAUUCGUCAUUAUGUGUCGAUACUUCUUGCUUCACAGAAAAAGGUUGAGCUUCAUCAAGUACAGGACAGUCAAGUGAUGAUACGCUCGAGAUUACUUAGGGAAAAUGGUCAAUAUAUUCCAAAAAUGGCAUUUAUUAGUAGAAGACAUUUCUUUAAUAAUGAAGAAACAGGGUAUUUUAAAACUCAGAAACGUGCUCCUGUGUCUCAAAAUCCUAUGACAGAUCCUAAUAUGAUGACGGAUAUGUUAAAGGGAAAUGUUACCAAUGUUUUACCAAUGGUACUGAUAGGAGGAUGGAUUAAUUGGAUGUUUUCUGGUUUUGUUACAACCAAAGUGCCAUUUCCAUUGACAUUGCGUUUUAAACCUAUGUUGCAACGUGGCAUAGAGUUAGUCACCCUUGAUGCUGCAUGGGUUUCAUCCGCAUCCUGGUAUUUCCUUAAUGUGUUUGGAUUGCGUUCCAUUUAUACGCUUGUUCUUGGAGAAAGCAAUGCUGCUGAUACUUCUAGACUUCUACAGGACCAGGUAUCUGGGGCAGCAAUGUCUAUGCCACCAGAUCCAAAAGCUGCAUUUAAAUCAGAGUGGGAAGCAUUGGAGAUAUAUGAACAUAAUUGGGCAUUGCAGGGAGUUGAAGCAGACCUUAUAGGAUCUCAAAGAACAGACACAAGUGAAAGUAAUAAAUAAUGGAAAGACAUUGCACCUGUAUCUACAGAUAUAGUAUGUGCCAUUUUGGAAAGACCAUUGAAGAUUCAAAUAAAUUAAUAGUUUGUAUUAGUACAAUAAACAAUAGAUUAUUUAUGGUAUUCUUAAAAAUGUAAUAUUGUAUGUUUCACUGGAAUAUCUUAACAGAUUUUUCUGGUAGUCUGUUAAACCUUCAGUUUAACAUGUGCAAAAUCAUAUACAUGUACAAAAAUAGCAACUUCUUUUUACGUAUUCUACAUUUUUUAAGUACAAAGAAAUAUUCAUAUUUAAUAGUUAUAUGUUAUUACACACUAUUUACAAUAAAAUAUACUAUAACAAGGAA